GCGUGCUCGUUUUCUCUCUUUUCCAUCGUUCUCCACCACUCUCCGGAUAUUCUAUCCCUCUUCGUUUGGCUCGCGUAGUUCAAUCCCGGAGAUCCCCUCUCCCUCUCCCUCGCACUUAUUUUGAGUUUUGUCUCCUCGACUCUCUCGCGCACAGGCGGAGAGAACACAACCGAGAAUGCCUGGCCGCCCCUCUCUCCGUUGAGGACUCAGUACCGCCAUACCCGUCAAAGCGUAAGGAGCGCGAUAUCACCCGGAUACGUUUCCCGUUAACAACUUCGCCGAAAGUAUUGCUGUUUCCCUUUCACACUCGACAGAUUCACAAUAAUUUCGACCACGCUGUACGAAGCCGUUCCGAUACCUCGUCUACGAUCGACAAGUGCAAGCGCGAAAAUGACGCGGGCUGUUCGUAAAAGGAAAACCAAACAACUCGCCGUGGUGUCGAAUUGAGAAAAGAUGAUGAUAAUCAUUCGUCGAAACUAAUCUCAGCGAGUGCGGAGGUAUGAGGAAACUGGCGGACGGUGCGCUUAUUCGUCAUUUCUCGUAUAACCGGUCAUCUACGAUUCGUCUCUCGUCAGUGGAUAAUAAAUAAAGUGCAACGAAUUGAUCUGGUUUUGUUUCGUCUCGUGGAUGCAGUCGCUCAACUACAUCAUCUUCUUUUUUUCAAGUUUUUUCAAAUUCUAUCCGGGGGUGAGAAUGUAACCGCAUCGUGUGUCGGCUCGUUGCAACGCGUAUGCGCGCGUACAGUUUUCGGCGGCGAAUCGUAACUGAAGGGUGAGAAAACAAGAGAGAGAAGUGAGGGUAAAUUCCCGUCUACGUGUAUCGUGGUCAGGAUUAGUUCUCGUCGAGACGCCGUCGCCGGCGAGAGGAAGCGAGAUGCCGGUGGUGCCUUCGACGAAAAGACAGGAAACACCGUAGACUCCGAGGGUCGUCACGAGGCCGAUAACGAAGAGUCGGAACCGCGCCGGCCGGCAUUCGAAAUCCGCGAUUCAAAUCCGCGGACAAGAAACCGCCGAGGCGGCGAUGCGGACUUUGGCGACGAUGACGGAUCGUCCACAUCUGCGGGAAGAGGUGAGGAACUACGAAGAGGCUUGAACCUCCCGCAUCCCCAGUCGCAACAAUUCGGAUUACCCCGAGACAAUUGUUGUUGGCGAAUUCGACGAGUCCUAAACCGCGACGAAUCGUUGCCGGAAGUUGAGACUGCGUUUGUCGACCGCAUCGGCCACGGAACCAACUUCGCGAACCCCGACGAACCGCGGAGGGUUUCGCGAUAUUUAGAAAAUAGCUGCAAAAUGCCGGAGAAGGAAGUUGCGUACCACCAAGAGACCUUCUCGCUGUUACCUCCGCCGCCACCGCCGCCCCAUCAUCAUCAUCACCACUCGGCUUUUCACGCCGCGUUUCAUCCCCAUGGACAUCCACCGCCACCGUUUCAUCCGCAUCACGGACCGUCGGCUCACCACCCGGCCGCGGUUGCGGCGGCGGCUGCCGCCUGGGAACAUCACGCCGCCGCAGCGGCGGCAGCGGCGGCGGCGGCGUUUCACGCACCGCCUCCUCAUCAUCCAUUAACGAGUGGUGGUGCUACGACGAUCGGGGGAACCGGAAGCCCGGGUGGUAACAACGGAGCAGGGAGUUCCAACGGUGGAAACGCUGGUCCCGGCGAACAGGGCGACGGAGGCGAAGGUGAAAGCGGAGGGGCUGGUGGCGCGGGUGGAGGUACUGGGACCGGAAGUGCGCCGGGAAACGCUAGUUCCGGUACCGACUUUCUACGCAGAAGCCACCCCCUCUCGGAGCACACGUUGCACCCCGCGUAUCGGCUAAACUACAUGGACCACCUCUAUCACCAGCUUCAGGCCUCCACGCACAGCCCCAACGCCUCGUUACAUGGGCUGGGUGGUUUAGGACCGGAGUACCUCCUGCACGCUGCCGGCCCCGCGAGCACCCUCGCCUCGUCAGAGUUCCCCUUCUCCAUCGACGCUUCGUCGAGACUAGGAAGCCCCAGGGCAUCCGCUUCCGCAUCUGCAUCGGCGAUAAGGGCGAGUAGAAAACGCGCCCUCAGUAGCUCACCGUACUCCGACAGAUUUGAUAUCGACAGUAUGAUACGAUUCAGUCCGAACAGUCUAGCUUCCAUCGUGAACGGAUCCAGAAGUAGCAGCGCGAGUGGGAGUUACGGGCAUUUGUCAGCCGCGAUGAGUCCCGCUCUCGGGAUGCACCCCGGGAUGGCUCCGCACCUGCAGCAGCUACAGGCUCACCUUUUGCGAAGUGCUGCCGCCGCUGCAGCGCUUCUACCCCACGGACACCAUCCGUCCUCCCAUUUACAACCCCCGCCUCAUCCCUCGCAUCCCGCUCACCAUCCGGCGCAUCAUCAUCAUCCCCAUUCUCACGCCCACUCCCAUGCGGCCCUCGGUCCUCCCCAUGCGCAACUCUUUUCCGUACCACCCCACAGCGCAGGAAUGGUCGCCGCGGUUGGUACCCAUGGAAGCCUGCCACCCCUCAAGACUGAGCGUACAACGGAAACGCCGUGCAGAAGAACAUCUGCGGAGGGAUCCGGACGUUCGAUAGCCGCAGAAGCGGAUACCUCGUCGCGGAGAGGUUCGACGAAAGUUAAAAGAGAACCGGUAACCACUACCGCGAGUACAACAGCUAUGACUACGACGACUACCGCCCCUCCCACCCAUCCACAGGGCUUGAGUCCCAGCGAAGAUCUUAGGGAUGAACCGGGGGAUUUUAUUGAAACUAAUUGCCAUUGGAGAGGAUGCGGCCUCGAGUUUCCCACGCAGGAUGAUCUUGUCAAGCAUAUAAACAACGAUCACAUCCAUGCCAAUAAGAAGAGUUUCGUUUGUGGAUGGGAAGACUGCUCGCGGGAAGAAAAACCGUUCAAGGCACAGUACAUGCUAGUUGUACAUAUGAGGCGGCACACAGGUGAAAAACCCCACAAGUGCACCUUCGAGGGCUGCUUCAAGGCGUACUCCAGACUAGAAAAUCUCAAAACACAUCUCAGAUCUCAUACCGGCGAAAAGCCCUAUACCUGUGAAUACCCAGGGUGCAGUAAGGCCUUUAGCAACGCCAGUGAUCGGGCCAAGCACCAGAACCGAACGCAUUCGAACGAGAAACCGUACGUAUGCAAAGCCCAGGGUUGUACGAAACGAUACACAGAUCCUUCAUCCCUCCGAAAACACGUUAAAACUGUUCACGGAGCAGAAUUUUACGCUAACAAGAAACACAAGGGUGGCGAUGGGGGCGGAAGUGAUGAGGCGGGUGCCGGAGGACACAGUCCAAGUCGCAGUGAAGAUCGUCAUCCAAAGACACCGAGUCUCUCGAGUCCUAGCAUAAAAUCUGAGAGCGAAGCGAACAGUCCGCCUGGAAUGAUGCAGCAGGGAAGUCCGCUUGUCGGGGGUUGCACCGAUGAUCUAGGAAUGGGUUGCGGUAGCGGUGACGUGGUCACAGCCAUUGGCGUCGACGAACCCUGGAACGAGGAGCCCGAUGACCUCGACAUUGCGGAUCUUCCAGUUGCUCUUCGUGCCAUGGUCGGCGGAAUGGAAUCCCAACAAGCUCCCCCACCCUCGAGGAGUCGCAUAAAAGGUCGCCUCAGUGCGAAAGCCAUGCCACCGGUUUCCGUCGGUGUCACUGGUAUGAGACUAGGCAGAGGAGCCGGAGGAAUUGGAAAUGGCGGAGGGAUUGGAGGUGGUUGCAUUGGCGGCGUAGGAGGUGGUGGCGUGGGAAGUGGAGGAAUAGGAAGCAGUCUUGGAGGCGGUGGAGGCGGUGGCGGGGCCCCUGGGCCUCAGGGUAACAUUGGGGAACUGAACAGGCGAAUAACAGACCUGAAAAUGGAAAGCGGUGCGCGGCAAACUACACUAACUGAUCUUCAGUUGAGGCUGCAGCCCCUAAGUGAACCUCGUCGCGAUAGCAAUAGUACCGUAAGCACAUAUUACGGUAGUAUGCGAUCCGCCGAUUUUGGAAGCCGAAGAAGCAGCCAAGCCAGUGGACUUAGUGCUGUAAGACUUGGACUUGGUCUAGGACUCGGAAUCGGGUCGAACGGCCCUGGAACUGGAGGUGUAAAUGCAGGAGGAGGUAGCGGCGGUGGAGGGGGAGGCGGAGGCAGCUUUUACGAUCCCAUCAGCCCAGGAAAUUCAAGAAGAAGUAGUCAACUUAGUACCACCUCUGGGAGACUAAAUGCCCCACCUCAUCUUCAGGCGCAGUACUCUACUAGCAAUCUCGUCGUUCAAACACAAAAUAUGUCUCUUCAGGGUCCUCAAGGAAUGCAAGGUGAUUGGAUGCCUAGUGGUCACUGUCCCCAGCCAGCUGGUGACCGCAGGAUGUCAGAACCUACUCGCACACAUCAGGGUCAUCGGACUUCUCCCCUCAUGCCACCCCGACCGAGAUCAGCACAGCUUCCAGAACUACAUCCGAAUCAGGAGGUGAUUUUAGACGAAGUUGGUGAAGGGGAAAUGGUUGAAAAUAAGCUUGUAAUCCCAGAUGAAAUGAUGCAGUAUCUCAAUCAGGUACAAGCCGGUGGGAAUCAAGUCAGCUACAGAGGCAGCCCUAUGCCAAUCUGCCAGUCACCUAUCUGUACGAACCCCUCGCAUUAUCAGCGUCAACAAAUGCCCUGUACGUACACAAACCAGCCGCAUCCACAGAACUGCUAUAACCAGUCCAACGGCAGGAUUUCAAACUGUCCCAACUAUCAGAACGUCUCCCCUUCUUCUUAUCUCCAUCAACAGUGCAUGAGUUCCCGGGGGAGUCAAGCAUCUGUUGGGGGGUAUUGUCCGCCUCUGCAGCAAAACCAAUCCCAGCCUCCUGCAGGCUAUGGAUCACAGUCUCACUGUGGAUCUCAGAUUGCAAGUCCGGCCGGUGGUCAAGUAAUGUCACCCGGCUCUCACUAUGCUCCAAGUCACGCUAGCGAUCAGCCUAUGACCUCUCCCGCAGCUGGAGCUCUUGCUCCUCAACACGUGCCGCAAAAUGUGCAGCAAAAUUCUGCGCAAAUGACGAGGCACUGUCUUCAAAGCCAUCUAGCAUCGCGUCAGUUUUACGGAGGUGGAGCGGGAUAUGGGUGUCGGAAUGCAAAUUGUGCUCAGGCUCAUCGGCCUGACGAAAAUUGUGGUGCUCAUACCCAAGCACAGAAUCCAACUCCACAGAGUCAUAGUGCACAACAUUGUGCAGCACAGCCUCGAGGCGGACUAACAUCGAACUGUCCCCAGCUAUCACCUGCUUCGCAUCAAUCUACUGGGACAACAACGAACAACAAUAACCAUUCCAACGUUCGGUGUGGCCAAAUUUCACACCAAAAUCAAACUGGUCAUCGACAAAAUAUUCAGCAGAAUACCAACGAGCCCCAUCACCACCAUCACCAUCAACAUCUUUCGAAUAUACCUAUCACUGGACGUUCACAGGGCAAUCAAUGCCCGCAAAUUUCUCAGCCGCAAUGUCCUCAGUCUGAUGCACCAGGUCAAAAGGGGCACGGAGGUGGAAUGAAUCCACCAAAUCAAGGAGCUAACCAGAAUACCAAUAUUUGUGGUCAAAUUGCCAGUGGUGGAUGCGUUCAGCAAGGAGUUCAAGGUCAGACGAAUAUCCCUUGCGGUCCACAGUCAUGUUCAAUGCAUCACGGAUGCCAGCCACAAGCAUCGCCAAAUCAGUUCUCUUGCGGUUGCCAGUGGGGUUAUGCAACGGAACCAUGUUUCCAUAGCCACGACGCUAACAUGCCAGAAAUUCAAUGCAGAGAUAUUAGCCAGUCCCAGCAGGGUUCCCCGAUUAAACCACCACAAGGUAUGAGACAGGACUCUUACCGUAGAACACUCGAAUAUGUUGAACAAUGUAGAAAUUGGUCAGGAAGCGCACAAGCUCAUGUACAUGAAACCGGAGUUUCUAGCUCCACGCAUCCCUUAUCGCUUCCUCAACCCCUGCCGGCAAGCGCCAAUAUGAUCGUGAACGACAUGACUACCUCCCUUAGCUCACUGCUCGAAGAAAACAGAUAUCUUCAGAUGAUUCAGUAGUAGAUUAAGACUUUUUUCCGAUUAAAACUUUUUAAUCGAGAAAUUCAAGUGAAAAUUCAUCGAUUGGCUCUUUCUUGCACGUUAUACGUACGUACGUACUUUCGAUGAUCCUAUGUCAAUAACCGUAAGUUUUCAGAUCUGAAAUACCCUUACACUAAUAAUGUUGUGUGCGAAAUGGCAAAUACAGAGUUCUGCUCAUGAGGACGCGUCAAGAUUAUUGAGAUUAAUAACGCGUUUUUGAACAAUGUAAUGUAAUAAUUUGUGGAUGAUUUUAUUAGCCAGAUAUUUAGUCAGAUUGUAUAAGUUCGUAGCGUAAGAUACGACUACUUUCUUUUUUAUUUUCAAAAUAAAAUACAUAGUACG